ACAUGCUCGCGCCCGCAGACGCCGGGGACCUGCGGCCGCGGGUUCGCGCUUCCGGCUGGGCCCUGCCGGGGUGUUGUCACUCUGUGCCCUGCGAUGUCGGGCCGGAAGCCUGCUUCGGGCCGUGCCGCUGCCACCGGCCCAGCGCUUGCAGGGCAAGCGGUUUUGAGCAGAUUCUUCCACUCUACGGGAAGCCUGAAAUCUACUUCGUCCCCCUCGGGUGCAGCCGAGAAGGCCGACCCUGACUCUGACUCCGCAGCGCCCCUAGCGCCCACUUUCCCGCCUCAGGUGCCGCCACGCGUGGUUGCAGAAAUUGACAGCAGUAAAAAGAGACCACUGGAGAGUGAUGGGCCUGUUCAAAAGAAAGCAAAGAAAGUCCAAGAAAAGGAAGGAAGAAGUGAUUCAAUGAUGUUUGGGAACCCUGGUGAGUCCUAGGGCGAUGAUUGUUCGUUCUCACUAGUCGUGGCACUGAUACUGUC